AACAUUAGCUAGUCCAUGAUACGACGGGAGUCUCCCCUUCAACUCUGGCUAAUCCCAACGUCCCGGGCUGGGGUCUCCCCUCCCAGUCUGUGUUGGACGGGGGCGCUGAGGCGGUGGCCGGGCUCUCACUGAGGAAGAGGGUGGAGCACAGACUAAAGCCGACCAAUAAGAGAAAAGGAAGCCUCGAUUGGCGGCUAUGAGCGCUAAUAAGAGAACGCUUUUUACCUCGCGGAGUGCCGCCCCUCUUCUCUCCUUCCUCCCGCCUCCUUCCUUUGGGGGGAAGGCGGGGCCAGAGGCCUGAAGUGUGGGGAGAACUUGGGCUCCGCUCUGCUGUAUGAAAUAUGGGAGACGACAGACCGUUUGUGUGCAAUGCCCCGGGCUGUGGACAGAGAUUUACAAACGAGGACCACCUGGCAGUUCACAAACACAAGCAUGAGAUGACAUUGAAAUUUGGCCCAGCUCGAACUGACUCAGUCAUCAUUGCAGAUCAGACUCCUACUCCAACCAGAUUCCUGAAGAACUGCGAGGAGGUGGGGCUCUUCAAUGAACUAGCUAGCUCCUUUGAACAUGAAUUCAAGAAAGCUGCAGAUGAGGAUGAGAAAAAGGCUUCUGCUGGGCCCCUUGAUAUGUCUCUGCCUUCCACACCAGACAUCAAAAUCAAAGAAGAAGAGCCAGUGGAGGUAGACUCAUCCCCAGCUGAUAGCCCUGUCUCUAGCCCUUGUUCCCCACCACUGAAGGAGAAGGAGGUUGCCCCAAAGCCUGUUGUAAUUUCUACUCCCACACCCACCAUUGUACGUCCUGGCUCCCUGCCUCUCCACUUGGGGUAUGAUUCACUUCAUCCAACCCUUCCCUCCCCAACCUCCGUCAUCACACAGGCUCCACCAUCCAACAGGCAAAUGGGGUCUCCCACCGGCUCCCUCCCCCUUGUCAUGCAUCUUGCUAAUGGACAGACAAUGCCUGUGCUGCCAGGGCCUCCGGUACAGAUGCCUUCUGUUAUAUCGCUGGCCAGACCUGUGUCCAUGGUGCCCAACAUUCCUGGUAUCCCUGGCCCACCAGUUAACAGCAGUGGUUCCAUUUCUCCCUCUGGCCACCCUAUACCAUCAGAAGCCAAGAUGAGGCUAAAAGCCACCCUAACCCACCAAGUCUCCUCAAUUAAUGGUGGUUGUGGAAUGGUGGUGGGUACUGCCAGCACUAUGGUGACAGCCCGACCAGAGCAGAGCCAGAUCCUCAUCCAGCACCCUGACGCACCUUCCCCUGCACAGCCACAGGUCUCACCAGCCCAGCCCACCCCUAGUACUGGGGGACGAAGGCGGCGCACCGUGGAUGAGGAUCCAGAUGAGCGACGGCAGCGCUUUCUGGAGCGCAAUCGUGCUGCAGCCUCCCGCUGCCGCCAAAAACGGAAGCUAUGGGUGUCCUCCCUAGAGAAGAAGGCAGAGGAACUCACGUCUCAGAACAUUCAGCUGAGUAAUGAAGUCACAUUACUACGCAAUGAGGUGGCUCAGUUGAAACAGCUACUGUUAGCUCAUAAAGACUGCCCAGUCACUGCACUACAGAAAAAGACUCAAGGCUAUUUAGAAAGCCCCAAGGAAAGCUCAGAGCCAACGGGUUCUCCAGCCCCUGUGAUUCAGCACAGCUCAGCAACAGUCCCAAGCAAUGGCCUCAGUGUUCGCUCUGCAGCUGAAGCUGUAGCCACCUCGGUCCUCACUCAGAUGGCCAGCCAAAGGACAGAAGUGACCAUGCCGAUACAGUCGCAUGUGAUCAUGACCCCACAGUCCCAGUCUGCGGGCAGAUGAUGCCUCCCCUGGUGGAGAGGUCCCCAGCCAGAGCUCGCCCACCUAAGAGCCAAGAGAGAUGUCAUCUUAUCCCCUCCCUCUGCCUUGGAUGUGGCAAUAUUGGGGGGGGGAGGGAGGUGUGAAAUUGUGUGUUGUGAGUAAUGGACGUAUGUGGGGCUUUUCUCUUUGGUCACAUGGUCAUGUACGUUUGACACCUGUACUGUGGGCCUCCAAGCCCUGGAGCCUCAUAGAUCAUCCACCAAGGGUGGGGCUUCUGAUGUACCCACAGCCAAAGGCCUUUUCACAUGGUCCGAACAAUCACCCUAACCCACACACAUGUAUCUCUUUAACACUAACCCUUGCACUUCUAGGUUUGGGGUUUCUCAGUUCCCUCUCCUCCUACUAAACCAUGGCUGUUACCUUCUUAUUCCUUAUCAGCAUGCCACUUCCUGCCAGACAGAGGGAGGCUAGAUUGAUGGCACAUGGCCUACUGACCCACCCCAGCCACCCACGGACUCAGGACUUUGUCUCCCAGUAGCUGCUUGUUUGUUCCCCUUUCCCCUUCUAAAUUCUAGUUAAGACAUUCUCUUAUGAAGAAUGUAAGUUUACCUUUAAUGUACGAAGUAGCAGUAUUUUCCAGCUCUUUUACAAGCUUUAUUCCUUUUCCCUACCUGCCACCCAAAAAACAAGCAAAAAGAAAUAGCAAAACCCCCAGAGUUCUAAUUCUUCUCCAUCUAUUUCCAGAGCUAUGUGAGUACCUCAUUUUGUCUCUUUACCCACUUUAGUGGUGGGGUCUUUCCUCAUCUUGUGGCCUUAUUUUUAGAGAUUUCUUGGUGGGGGAAAAGGAAAGAACCCAGUAUCUGAUUGGUUGAUUCCCUCACCUCCUCUCCAUCCUCCUCAGUUCUAAUCAUCAGGGUAGGCAGGAACAGUGUACUUUAAAGUUUGUUCCAUCAGGUUCCUGGAUUAAUUUAUUCCUUUACAGCAUAAAGUGGCCAAAGCAUACAUAUUGUCAUCUUCGGUCAUCUUUCCUUUCUGCUCUUGCCUCUUCCUCUUCAUUGUCCUGCCCACAUUACUGCCUCUCUCUCUUCUGUAACUAGUUCAGGUGCAGCCCUCCUGGAGGCUGUCACGUAGGGGACUCUUAAGUUCCCUUGUUCUACCCAUCUCUGCCUCACACAUCUGUCUUCUUUUCUGAGCUGGCAUCUUGAAUUCACAAGAGCUCAUUGCCCUCUGGGCUACAUUCUUUCUCUUCCCCCAGGUUUCUAGUCUAGCCACUGGCCCUGUAGAGCUUCCUCAAUUUAUUUCUACCCUCUGCCCACUAAAUGCAAUCUUUCUCCGUAGAACAAGCUCCAGGAUUCCAGAGCAUCACAGCCAAGGUCCUGAGUAGCUAAAGGGGGGAAGGGGAGAGGUCAGGGGUAGUACGGAUCUUGGCAGAGGAGUCCAGGGUCUGGCCUGCCUAGGAAAUUUGUCACUGUUGCUCUCAAGUAUUCUUACUUUGAAGCACUGGAUUGCAGAGGGAGAAAUUCAUCCCUCUUUCCCUCUUCCUUCCCCAUUAGGAUGUCUCAUCUUCCCUUGGCUCUGAACUAUGCAGUAACUACCAUGGCCAUAGGAAGCAAUCCAAAGCCAGAGGCCUGUGGAUAGAUAGGUCAGCUUUAAUAGUACUUCAGUGUGAAACUCUUCCAAUUGUCCCAGAGCCACCUUCUGCCAUCUGCCCAAGCCUAGAAUGUCCUUUUCUCUAUCUCUCCUACAUCCAUCUAUACAUACAAAAUAACUGCCAAGUUCCUUGCUUAUUUUGUCUUCCAAAAUUAGCUGUCAUAGAGAAAUGGGAAAAUGCUCUAAGCUAUAAGAUUCCCAUUCCUUAGCGUGAUAGGGGACAUGUUCUGCAUUUUUAAAAUUUCCCCUCCUGCUUUUCAGAGCCAGUGCUGAGCAAGCCAUACCUAGUGAAGACAAAGGUGAGAGAGAAAACAUGGUACCCAACAGGAACAGCCCUAAGGUGACUCAGACUAGCAAAUGUUAUGGCAGACGCUCGUGAUGCAGGUUCUCACCUCCAGGGUGUUCACUUUGAAAAUUGAUAGCCAUUAGCCGGGCGUUGUGGCGGGCGCCUGUAGGCCCAGCUACUCGGGAGGCUGAGGCAAGAGACUCGCCUAAGCCCAAGACGUGGAGGUUGCUGUGAGCUGUGAAGCUACAGCACUCUACCGAGGGUGACAAGAUGAGACUCUGUCUCUAAAAAACAAGAAAGAAAAUUCAUUGCCAUAACUUGUGCUCAGGACCUUGCCUUUAGAUGCUAUUCCCUGGAAUUUCCACCCACUUUAGAUUUUUAUUUCAUAUUUUGUUAUCUUGAUUUCCCACUAGCAACCUUGCCCUAAGGCUUCGCUGAGUUUAUCGCUCCUAAGGAGCUUUCUUAAGACCCUUGAUUCUUAUUUUUUAUUUUUUUAUUUUUUGUUUUUGUUUUUUUAAGACCUUUGAUUCUUUUUCUUCCCCUUCCAUCAAGUGUUUUUAAAGUUUAAGAAUCAAUUUGUCACUGCAUCCAUAUCCUGCCAAUCUGUCCAUGUGUUAGGUGACUAAUUUUUUUUUGAGUCACACCUGUGGCUUGGGUGACUAAUUUACAUAGAGAUUCUUUUUAGUUUCUUAGCCCCCUUGUUGAAUUCUCUGAGUCCUUAUUUCAUCAGUGGGAAGCUGGUACAGGGGACCUAAAUGAGGACCAUUGCCAGAACCAUAGUAGCAAAGCAGCACAGAAAUGAGGACGAGGCAGGACAGAUCCUCCCAGACAGCUCUUGACUUGGUCCUCAGUCUGACUAAGAAGGCAGAGCAUUUGCUUACCCUGAAGUUUCUCUGUAGUCAGGGGGAGUCUCUCUCACCUGUGAUUGCUGCCAGCCAUGUGGUCCCUCUCCCCUGAUCUCUGUCUUUCAGGCUCAUCCAGACCAGAACUACACAUCACCAAGUGUAUCACUGAGCUCGUUUUAGAGACUGUGGCCUCUUUAGAGGACACUUGUAGAAAGGAGCUGGUGGGGGGAGGGUCUUGGGUUACCUUGAGUGAGUGCAGGUUUCAGGUUUCCCACCCACUGCACAGACACAGGUAGCUGCUGGGUGCCAUGGAGAAAGGAGUCAGAACCACGUAUUCUGGUCUGAACACUUCCUGCCUCAUUCCCUUAAAAGAAACCUGGCUCAGAGUUGAAAAGUUUGAGAAAGCCUCCUGUACUACUAGGGAGGGUAGCAAAAGCCACACCUCCUUUACUUGCUCUUCCCCUGUGGGUUGUACUCCCUAGAUCUAGCUUCGAAGCUUCGGCCUCCACUCCUCACCUUGGCCCUGAGCACUAGGCCAUGUAAUGCAGGUAGUGGUUAAGGAGGAGCUGGGCCAAUUGAGCCUCGCCUUGCUGCCUUCCCUAUCCAUACUGUUCUUCUCAGCUCCUUUCUUCAUACUUGAUUGUAGCCAGAAGGCUGAGAAGCAAUUCAGCUACUUGCUUGCUGUUUUUGUUUGUUUUUUUAAAACAGUCCUAAACUAGAGGUAGACAGCUCCUUUCUUGAUUCACUGCGCUCCGGCAGCACCCAUGCUAGUAGAUCCUGAACCACCAAGCAAACACCCACAAAUUCCUCCUCUAGUUUCUGAGGCUCCCCUCUGCCACACUGAGAGGCUCCUUGAAGGUGCUAGCCCCUGGGACAGCUCUCCUUACCCACAUCUCCCUUCGUUUUAAUCUUCCCUCCCAUCCCCCAAAUCAUUAUUUUCCAUUAAUAUUGUACAUUGUAUACAUAGGAAGGAAAUAUAUUAUUUCUUUUUUUAAUUUCAUAACCAGUCUGUUUGGGUUCCAGUCCUCCUAGCUAUGUCACAUAUGCUUUUGUUGAUAUGCUCUUCCUGCUCUCUUUAGACUUGUGUUUGACAGGGGUGGAGGGGGUGCAACAGAAUUGGACAGGUGAGACUCCUAAGGCAGAUUGGAGGACCCUCUCAGCCCCACUAUAGCUCCCGCUGCCCUGCCUCCCUCUCAUGAUGUAGAACUGAUUCCUGUUUCUAUGCUUGUGCACACAGGUGUAAAUUUCCACCCACCCACCCCAGGUUGGUAACCCAGCAGGAAUGAGCUUAGGUGGCUGCUGGCCAACAUUCCCACUCCCUGUACCCGUUGAAUCGUCUCUCUUUGGGAUAAAGUCCUACCCCAGAAUGAGAAAAGGCUGGGGAGAGUAGGGCAGGUUAAAGCAGCUUAGGUCCUUGGUAGAUUCAGAUUUGUAUCAUAGCUACUAGAGUUUAUUUUAAUUUUUAAUGGAGGUCUAGUGGCACAGAGAUCUCUCAGUAACAUUAGCUACUAUGAGUAGGGUCUGUAGCCGUGAGAAGUGGCUAUGAGCACUAGCUUCAUUGACUUUACCUUAGGGCAGUGGUUCUCAGAAUAUGAUCCAGGACCAGCAAUAUCAGCAUCACUGUCAUCUGGGAGCUUGUUAGAAAUUCACAUUCUUGGUCUCUAUCCCAGAGCUGUUGAGUCAGAAACUCUGGGGGCAGGUUUUAGUAAGCACUCCAGGUGAUUCUAAUGCACACUAAAGUCUGGGAACCCUUGCCUUGGGGGCAAGCUGGGAAAUUCUUACAGGGUGUUGAGGAUAUUUUAAAUACCAUCCUCUGCCUUAGCACUAACAUUUUUCUAUUUCUUCCGGUCCUUCCCUCCUUUCCCCUUAAAACAACCACCACAUCACUGAUCUCAAAAUCUAGAUUUGUCUUUCUUCUAGUCUUACCCCUAAAACCUGUCCCUGUGUUGGAAUAGACAGGAGUCAUCCCAUAUUCCCUUACAGACUGGUCACUCCACAUUCUUGGUUACAUCCAGGGCCAGCUGGAGCCUUAGCUGUCCCAUUCCUCCCACACACACACCUUUCAGGCAGGGAGGAGAUGAGCCCCAGCCCAUUAGUUGAGGCUGCCGCAUCCUGACACAGUAUCUAUUGAAAAGAAAGCAGUGUGUAUCUAUGAUUAUAUCUCUGUUUAUCUAUAUAUUUUUGACAUGUAGCAAUACCUCUCCAUCUUAUCAAGGAACUUGACUCUGGGUCUGGUUUCUCCAGUCCCCAUGGUGGCCUUUGACAGGUAGGAGGAUGCAGUGCUACAGGCUAUUUUGUUACAAAACCAUCUUAUCCCUUUUCCCUCCACCCGAUUCAGCAUGAUCCCUGUGAGCAGGCUCUCACAAUCUCCCGGGACGGGGCUGAGGCAGGGGCUUCACUCUAUUCUCCCUAACCGUCCCUUGUUCCUUCCCCUUUGCUACUUAGCAGUUAUCCCUCCAGCCAUGCCUUCACCUUCCCUCCCUUGCCCUGGCAUAUAUUGUGCCUUAUUUAUGCUGCAAAUAUAACAUUAAACUAUCAAGAGAA